CCUUUUGCAGUGUGUAAACUUUCUUUUCAUUUUGUGUUGCAUUUCGGUCUCUUUAUUCCGGUGAGAUCAGAACUCUCCGGCGAUUUAUGCGGUCGCCGGUGGCUACCUUGCGUGGUAUGAUCCAUGCGUUGAUCUGGUUCUCCCUUGGUUUCUUGAUUUGAAGUCCAGAAACAGAACAAAAAGGAAACAAAAACAGAGUAAAACAAAGCAAAUUUGUGUUGUAAUUACUGUUUAUUGUAAAUAUUUUGAGAUUUUUUUGUUUUUGGUGUUGGAAAGAUGAAUUUAAGAGCGGCGGAAGAUGAAGAAUCGGUUUCGGUUUCGGUAUCAGGUCAAGAAAUUGAUGUACCAAGCGAUAUAGAUUGGCAUAUGUUAGAUAAAUGGAAGUUUUUCUUACAUGGGGCGGCGCUAUUUUCUGGAGUUUCAGCAGCCCUUUAUCCUGUAGUUGUGUUAAAGACAAGACAGCAAGUGGGUCAGUGUCAAGUUUCAUGUGUAAAAACUGCAACUUUUGUGGUUAGAAAUGAGGGUUUUAGGGCUUUGUAUAGAGGAUUCGGGACUUCGUUGAUGGGUACAAUCCCUGCGAGGGCGCUUUACAUGGGGGCUUUAGAGGUUACAAAGAGUAAAGUGGGGAGCUUUACUGUUAGAUUAGGGCUUAAUGAAGGGACUGCAGCUGCAAUUGCAAAUGCCGCUGCAGGGUUGAGUGCAGCCAUGGCUGCUCAACUUGUUUGGACUCCAAUUGAUGUUGUGAGUCAAAGGCUAAUGGUUGCUAAUGGAAAAGAUUGUAGAUAUGUAAAUGGGAUCGACGCGUGUAGGAAGAUUGUUAGGACUGAUGGAGCAAGAGGAUUGUAUAGAGGAUUUGGGAUAUCAAUCUUGACAUAUGCACCAUCAAAUGCAGUGUGGUGGGCAUCAUAUUCUGUGGCUCAAAGGGUGGUUUGGGGAGGAAUUGGGUGGCAUUUUUCGGGGAAAGGUGGAUAUGGUGUUGGUGGUGGGGAUGAUGGUGAGGGGAGUAUGAAUAUGAUUAGGCCGGAUUCAAAAAUGGUAAUGGCAGUUCAGGGAGUGAGUGCAGCUAUGGCAGGUGGUGUAUCGGCUUUAAUUACAAUGCCACUUGAUACAAUUAAGACUAGGUUGCAGGUUUUGGAAGGGGAAGCGAAUGGUAGGCUUGGACCGACUGUUGGGCAGACUGUUCGGAAUUUGGUCAAGGAAGGUGGUUGGACGGCCUGUUAUAGAGGGUUGGGGCCAAGGUGGGCAUCAAUGUCUAUUUCUGCAACAACUAUGAUCACUACUUAUGAGUUUCUGAAACGCCUCUCGACUAAAAGUCAAGAGGUUUUAACCUGAAGGGGAGUUGAGAAAUGGAGGGUUGUUACACGAUGAAUGACUUGGUAUACAAGAUUGGAGCCUUCUGCUUCAAUGUAAAUCCCUGCAAUGGCAAUGUUCACUGCCUGUGAAUUUCUUUAAUAAUGGGGAAUUAUCUCUUAUCUUGUUAAAUUUCACUCUACUUGUCUAUAUUCUUUUUGCCUACUUACUUUCUCUUUGUUAGCCAUAGCCUGCCUCCUGGGUUAAUCAAUGUAAUUGAUGUCACCUCUCUUGCAUAUAAAUAUAAAUCUCUUUUUCUCUUCCUCA